AUGUUUCACGGCAACUUGGCCAGAACAAAAGAGGCAACUUUGACUCACACGCGUGCGGUAGAACCAUCGGGGGCAACACCUCGCUGCACUGGUCAGUCUUUGGUCCAGAUCCGCACCAUCGACCUUCGUUCUGGAGUUGCCUCCUGCAUCUCGACAGCACCACGGGCUGCUAGCUACAAGGGGAAGAAGAAGAAGCAGACGCCUCCGCUCAUUUCAUUCUGCAACUUGCAGCAAAGGCGAGUCACCAUCACCUCCACCUCCACCACUCGACAGCUCGAGUCCUCGCUCAGCGCAUUCAACCGUCCAGCAGCAACCAUGAAAGUCUUGGUUUUCUCGAUCUUUAGUCUUUCUGCGGCCUUGCCAGCAUCAGCUGGUACCCCCAAGUACGACGAGGACCUCGGCUGCUGGCCAAUCAGCGUCGAGCGUGACGCCACCUACUGCAUCGACGGGCCCGUCUGCAGCGGCGAAGGCUCGUCGCCUGCCGGAUCCUCGUGCCCUGUCAAAGGGUGA